AGUACCGCGUAGAUGUAAACAACUUGCUGGAGGCUCGGCUAUCUAGUACUACGCCUGUGCCCACCUGUCCAACGCGUGGUUUAUCUGGUGUACCGCGGAACCUGACCACACAUGAACGGCAUUUCAUUGCCAUCGCGGCGUAUUAAAUAUUCAAACCUGAUUCAUUGCAAGAUCGUUACGCUUCCACGUGUGGACAUGACUGUUACUUUCUUACGAUCGUUGUUUCUAACCGUUGGGCAACACCUCAGAUUACUAGAGGAAUGUCCGUCCGUCGGAAAUGCGUUGUCUCCAGGGGGAAAGUGUAAGCACGAUCGGAACCGUGAAAGUUCUAUUCUCUUGUAGGCUAACAUUUCACGCAGCAUACCAUCUCCAGGACCGGUUUUUGGGGAACCAUUAUCAACGGGGACGUCAUAUCGUGGAUCGAGUUUGUAUGUGUAAUUCAUUCCGCUCACCCUAUCAACAGUGUCACCGGUGAGACGUUAGGAACAGGCGUUUGUUCUUUCGUGCUUAGCAAAACAGGAUCUCAAAACCCGUCCCAUGCGACAUGGUUGUGUCCGAUCGAUAAGCGGAAUGGCGAUUGAAAAUAAAAACACUUCACUAGGAGACGACCUGUUUGGUGUUCCCAUGGAUUCGUACCGAUGAUCAAUUCGAAGCUAUAAAAGAUUCAACCGGUGGGAGGAUUAGAAUCAGUUUUUCUUCCAGCGUGCUUUCGAUAGCGUGGUGUUGUUGCAGUCCGUGACAAAGGAUCAUUGAAGUGGGUGGGUGCAGAUUCAACAAAACUUUAAGCUGUGAUCAAGCGUUGUGCAUUUGUGUUAGAAUCCUUUCAUUGCGUGCUGUUGUUCUUUUUUUAAAAUAAUUUGUUGGUUAGUUUCUUACGUCCAUAACCGUACUAUGACCACAUACACCGAUAAGGGACCCAAACCGGACGGUGGAAAGUUUCUUGCGUUCGAUCACAUCACAUUCUACGUGGGAAACGCCAAACAGGCGGCCAGCUACUAUACGACGCGUUUCGGGUUCGAGGAUUACGCGUACCAGGGUUUGGAAACGGGCAGCCGCCAGCUGGUGAAGCAUGCCGUCCGCCAGAACCGGAUCGUGUUCGUGUUUGUGUCGGCCUACGAGCCGGGUCACCGUGAACACGGAGAUCAUCUGGUACGACACGGAGACGGAGUUAAGGAUGUUGCUUUCGAGGUCGAGGAUCUGGACGUGAUCGUGCGCCGUGCGAAGGAACGGGGCGCCAAGGUGGUGCGCGACGUAUGGGAAGAGUCCGACGACCAGGGUACGGUACGGUUUGCGACGGUGCAAACGUACGGCGAUACGGUGCACACGUUCGUCGAGCGCCACCGCUACCGGGGACUGUUUCUGCCCGGCUACAAACCACCGCUGUAUAGGGACGUGCUGCUGCCCACGCUGCCAACGGUCGGGUUGAACUUUAUCGAUCACGUGGUCGGCAAUCAACCAGAUUUGCAGAUGGAAUCGGUUGCCGCCUGGUACGAGAAGAUGCUAAUGUUCCACCGUUUCUGGUCGGUGGAUGAUAGCCAGAUCCAUACGGAGUAUUCGGCGCUUCGGUCGAUCGUGGUGACGAACUACGAGGAAACGGUCAAGAUGCCGAUCAAUGAACCGGCCAAGGGGAAGAAAAAAUCCCAAAUCGAGGAGUACGUCGAGUAUUACGGUGGGGCCGGCGUGCAACAUAUUGCGCUGAACACGAGCGACAUUAUUGCCGCUAUACGUAACCUGCGCGCACGGGGCCAGCAAUUCCUGUCCAUCCCGGACACGUACUACGAUCAGUUGCGCCAGCGGCUCAAGUCGAGCAGCGUGAAGAUUAAGGAAGAUCUGGCCGUGCUGCAAGAGCUGAAAAUUCUGAUCGAUUACGACGAGGAUGGGUAUCUGUUGCAGAUAUUCUCCAAGAAUAUGCAAGACCGGCCGACACUGUUCAUUGAAGUUAUACAACGACACAACCAUAAUGGUUUUGGUGCUGGCAACUUUAAGGCACUGUUCGAAGCGAUCGAAGCGGAUCAAGAAAAGCGUGGAAACUUGUAAAUGAAACCCAGAACACGAAUUUACACGGCUAGAAUAUGAUAUCUAUUAUAUCAAGCUCAAUGCAAACGGGCAUUUGCUUUGUUUCGGCAAUGAUGCAAACGUAAAUAAAAAUAAAAUUUGUGCA